CGGUUGCCGGGAGGAGUCGCCAUUGCUGUGGUGUGAAGUUAACCGAGAGGAAGCAGAAGGUCUCCGCCGAGCUGUGCCUUAUCCCCCCUCAGCGGCCGUACACCGGGCUCCGAGGCUUUCUCUUUUGUACUGCGAGGAUAUAGGAAGGCGAAUAUGGCCUGCGGAGCGACGUUAAAACGCUCAAUGGAGUUUGAGGCCUUGCUGAGCCCUCAGUCUCCUAAGCGUCGCCGGUGCACCCCGCUCCCCGGAUCUCCGGCCACCCCUUCCCGUCAGAGGUGCGGCCUCCGGCAGGAGAGUCAGCCCGGCCCGCAGUCCCCACUGCCCCAGCUGGCUGGAGACUGCAGGCUCACCCCGGAACAAAUUUUCCAGAACCUGAGACAGGAGUAUACACGUUACCAUAGACGAAGGCAAUUAGAAGGAUCGUUCAACCAAAAUGAAGCAGGACAGCCUAGUGAGGUUCAGACCAGUUCAUCUCUUACAGCCCCGUCUUCUCCAGGGUCAAUGGUGAAGAAAGACCAGCCAUCUUUUAGCUUGCGACAAGUAGGAAUUCUGUGUGAACGUCUUCUGAAGGACCAUGAAGAGAAGAUAAGGGUAGAAUAUGAGCAGAUCCUCAACACAAAACUAGAAGAACAAUAUGAAUCGUUUGUGAAAUUUACACAUGACCAGAUAAUGCGGCGGUAUGGGGCAAGACCAGCCAGCUACGUGUCUUGAAAUUUUCCCGUGUUGCUUGGGUACCAGUUUUGACUUUUCAGCUGCUUUACAGUCUUGCCACCUGGGAGGUGCUAUGUUUUCUUCUUCACACCGUGUCACCAGACAGUUUGAUGUCAUUGCUGGUUGCCUUCACCUAUUUCUUUUUUAAUUUUUAAUUUUUUUUGUCAUGAACAUUUGUUUUAAUACUGCAUUGCCCAAUAAAACUGACUAGUCUGCCAAUUUUUUUUUUUUUUUUUUUUUUUUCUUAACGGAUAAUCCAUCUUCAUCCACUCGCGUAACCCCCAACAUGGCAUCUUAUGUAUGAACCAUUUCAUAUCUUUUUUUUUUUUUUUUUUUUUUUGGUCAUGGCGUGAUCAUUAUUUUACUUUUACCUCCAAAGAUUGGGGAUUUUUAUUUUAUGCACUACAACGGAGUUGCAAGAUUAUUAUAAUUUUUUGGGAAAGGCGCCUAAGAAAAAAGGACAUAAAAAUAAAGGACCAUACAAACUAUAACUGUGGCUUAAUUAGUGAAUAGUGACAUUAACCUAACUGCUAUAUACAUAACAAUGCCAAUCCCAACCUGUUUAUUCUGAAAUAUAUGUAUUUUUUAUUUAACUGGCUAUAUGUUGGUUGCUACAGACAAAAUCUGUCCUUUUGUUUGUAGCCAGAUAUCUGCUGGGAAAUUGAUGUAUGCGUCGUUUAAAGGGUUUCUGGUUUUUGCAUGAUCAUAUACUGAGUGUUUUGUCAUAAUAUACUUUAACAACAAUACCUUAGAAUGAAAAUGUUGAGACGAAUUCCACACAGCCUUUAUAUGAGAAUAUUGUGCCUCUAGUGUCAUUUUGAAUUAUAUGGAAUAAAGGUUCCUGGGUUUAGCCUCUUAAGAGGACUUCUGAUUGAUAGAUGAAAGCACAUGCAUGGUGAUGUCAUAAGCAGUAUCGGUAAGCGAAUGUCUUGCGUUUCUGAAGUUUAGCUUGGUUCUUAUUGGCCUCAGGAAUCCGUUCUCCCUUCUGAUUUUUCUCACUAAAAACUGGAGUGGUAAUAUUCCCACUUCUGAGGUUCCCUCCUCCUUCAGAUAUGGGAAUGGAUCUCUGCUGACUCCAGUGAACACCAAAAUGAAUCUUACAGAUGAGGCUGAGAUCCUUAUGGGCUUCUACAUAGACUGUGCUCAAUGUAUAUUUGGCUCUGUGUAAGAGGAGAGCUGAAGAAAACCUGGAUCAUGCAAGCAAAAAAAAACAAGCAAUAUUUGACGGUAUUUUACAGCAGUAAGGAAGUAUGUAAAGGAUUCACCUGAAAAAUAUAAAAUAAACUGAUUUCCAUAUAGCACAAUGCAA